GCCACCGCGCUCUUCACUGUCCUAGGCAACAAACAAACAGCCAAGGCCCCGUCCGACAAAAAAAGGAGCCCCUUGUUGUUGGGGCCCGAGAAAUCUUUCAUCAAGUGCAUCGUCAAAGUCGUCAAACGUGCCAAAGCCAGAGACAACGAGGACGAAGUUGUCAAGAAGAUCAAAACGGAAGACGGACAAGAAGGAUUAAAGGAUUACGAAAUUACCAAAAGGCAAGUGGUACUAAAACAACCCAUCAUGAUCAGUCGGACGAAUCUCAAGCAACAGCUCAUGCGGGAGCAAAUCCAACAGUUGGAGAAGAAAGAACGAGAAAUCUCUUGCUCAGCCCCAUCACAAUCAUCAAAUGCCAUUCGUGUGCCUCUAUAUGCCUCUCCAGCCAAUCUCCAUGUUCCAAAGCAAGUUCUCAUGGUAAAAAGCAAGCUAGAGAAUCCUACUCCUUAUCAUGUUCGUGAAAGUCAGCAAAGGCAAGUGAGAGAGUAUUUGUCACUCUCUCACCAUGGAGGCCGAGCGUCCAGUUUGCCGACACCACCGCCCCCUGUGAUAAACAGCGUUGAUCCCAGUCCCACCAGUGAUUUUUCUGCUGCACUCAGUAGCACUGCUGCAAGUCCAGCUGAGUUAGAAGAAUUUUGGCAAGAUUUUCAAAACUUCAACUCAUGCACAGAUUCUGUUGCUGAUAAUAUUCUUGAUCCUAGUCUUACAGUUCCUGUUGCACAGCCUGCUGAAGCUGACAUUUUAGAAGUUUUGUCUAUGCUCCCUGCACUUGAUAAUGUUUCCACUUCCUGCCCUGUUGGCUUAUCAGAUGUUUCAGAAGAAGACAUUCUUAGUGAUGACAAAAUUGUAGCUUUUCAGAAAGAUAGACAAAAGAAGGACAAUCAUAAUAGGAUUGAACGAAGAAGAAGAUUCAAUAUAAAUGACAGAAUUAAAGAAUUAGGCACCUUACUGCCUCGUAGUAAUGAUCCGUAUUAUGAUUUAGUCAAGGAUCUUAGACAGAACAAAGGUACCAUAUUGAAAGCAUCAGUUGAUUAUGUCCGGUGCCUCAAACAAGAAGUCCAAAAGAUUCCAGAUUUGGAACUCCGUUGCCAUGCAGUGGAACAAUUAAAUAAGAAACUAUUGCUUAGAAUACAGUCUUUAGAGCUUCAGUUAAAAGCAAACAAUAUUCCAGUUGAUGAAUCCACUUGGUAUCCUUCGACUGAAGCAGAGCUCAAAGCCAUAAUAAAACAAGAGAUUCUGCCAAGUCCUCCUCUCUCCAACGGCUCUUGCAACGACAAAUUCUUUGCAGGCCACCAACAGAGAGUGCUUCCUGUGCACGAACAAUGCAUCAGUGAUUAUUCAAAUCUUGAUAUGACUGCUGUACAGCUCCCACACAGUGAUCCUACCAACGCUCGUAAGAGACUUCCUAUCAUGCAAUUUCUGACAGUCAAAAAAGAAUCGCAAUCUCAAGUAUCUUCAUCCUCGUGCAGUCAAAGUCCAAUCACCUGUUGUGCAAGUCCUGUACCUUCUUACAGUCCUUUUGAUGACCUUAUGAUGGAGGAUGAUCAGCCAGUCACCGGGGACCCCAUGUUGUCGUCUAGGGACACUUUUACCCCCGAAAAUAUGGAUUUCAUGUCUUAGCAAAUAUUUAGUGAAGCAUAUUAGGUAAAUAUUUUUUAUGAAAUGGAUUGUACAUCAGUUUGCUGUUUAUUAGCAUUUCUUCAAAGAUGAUGUUCAAGAGUCGGGUCGGUCGAGUAUGUUUGUGAAAGGUUUUGCAUUCUUUAACUUAUGAGUACAGUUGGAAAGCUUAUUUCAUUUUACAUGAAGGCAAGUUACAUCGUGUUUGACGUUUUAUGGGUUUUUUGAUAUGUCUUAUGAUGGUUGUAGUUGCAUGCAACUACUUGUCUGUUUGGUUUCAGAAAAGGAAUUUUUAAUCUAUCGUCUUCUGAGAGGGUAAAACAUUAGACUGUCGGUAAAGAUUAACUGUUCCUGCAGUUUUCUCUUUUAUGCAUUGUUUCUGAAAAUAAUCUUGCAAAUAAUGGGGGAGAAAUAUGUAUGAUCUAAAGGAAAUUUCAAAUGGAAAACAUCUUGAAAAAUUAUUACACAGAUUUCGUGUGUAACUGAUCUGUUAUUGGGCAUUUCUAGUAAAAUUGUUCAUUCUUUUGCUCAAGAAUUAGUUUUGUCUUUCAAUAUCAAUUUUUUAAAGCCCGGCAGGGACUUUGUCUUUUUUGCUGUUUGAGAGUAUGGAAUUCAAUUGUUCAUUUAUAGUUGCCAAAUAAAAAGUUUCAACGAACAAAAUAAAAUAUAUUUGUACUAGGUGUCCAAAAAGUCCUUGACACAAUUUAAAAAUUCAUAUACAAGCAACAGAUUGUUCUAUUAAUAUGUGGUUUGCGCUAUAAAACUUCAUAGAUUCAAGAUAUUCUUAUGACACUGUAAAAAAUAGGAAACAAAAGAAAGAAAAAAUUAUAACUAUAAGUAAUUGCUGUAUCAUCACAGUAAAAAUUAUUUAUAUUUUACUGGGACAAUGGAGCGUCAGUGAAAAUUAUUUACACGUACACUUUUUUCUUUAUACAAUGUCAUAAAACUUUUUUGGACCUGUAUUAAUAUAAGUAUUAUGGCGCAAACUGCAUAUUGAUAUGACUUGUUGAUUUUCUAUGAAUUUUUAGAAUGCGUCAAAGCUUUUCAGAUAACUUGUACAUCUGUGUUUUAUGUAUGGCAACAUACAUAUACAACUGAAAUUUAAAGCUUUAUGUUAAGUCAACUGUUUAUUGUUUAAAUGUUUAGUAAUAGAUAAACCAUUUCAUGUAUUUGCAUUCUUUUGCAAAAUUUGGUUAAUGCAGUUGAACCUUGUUGAGAUUCAAAAAAGGGUCACUGAAAUCUUUCAUCAUGUUCAAAACAUGUAUUUGCUAAGCAAAGAAUGUCUUGCUAUAUUUAGACUUAAAAAUAUAUGUACUAUAACAUUAAGUUAAUAGUAGAUACAAAUGGUUUAAUAUUUCAGUGGUUAAGUAGUAAACAAAUAUAUAUGUAUUAAUAUGUAUUUUGAACCAGGGUACGUUGAUUUAAAUCAGCUUGAUUUAAAUCAACGAUCUUGAUUUAAAUCGUGAUUAAAAUCCUUAUUUAAAUCAAGUGCUUUAAAAAAAAUCAUUGAUUUGAAUUAAGUGAUUUUUUUUAACAAAAUCAUUCAUUAAAAACAGUUUAUUUUACAUUUAUAAAUUAAUUUUGCAUUUUUAGAAUGUAUUGCUCUAAAUUUAACUACACUGCAGUAUCUUAACUUCAACAGGCAAAAUUACAUAGAUCCCUCUUUCUGUGUGUGUAACUGAUUUUCACUCUAUUGCUUUUACUCCAAAAUUAGAACAAAAGUUUAGAAACAAGUUUAGAAACAAGUUUAGAACUAAAUAAAAAUUCAGAAUUUUUCUUAUACACCAUGACUAAUGUAGUUCAGAAAAGUAAUUGUGCAACAUAUUAUUUUACACUAAAAACAUACAUGAUGAGGGAAACCUUAUCUUUAAGCAAAACAUAAAACAAAAUCGCAUCUUAUCCAAGCAUUAUAAUGUAUUUAUAAAUAUAUCUUAAUAUAUCUUAAAAUAUAAAUAAAAUUAAAAUAUAAAUAAGAUAUAUUUAUAUUAAUAUUUUUUAAGAUAAAUAUAUCUUAAAAUAUUAUUGAAUAGUUAAAGAACUUAUCUUAAUCUUAAAAGUAAUUGAAUGGAUUCAUCUAUUGUAUGAAAUAUGUUAUAUUUAUAUGUGAAGAAAUUAAUAUAUACAAAUUUUUGAACAUUAAAAAAAAAAUCUGAUUUAAAUUUAAAAAAAAACUUUUUUUGAUUUUUUUUUUUAAAUAAAAAAAAAAUCACGAACCUUGUUUUGAACAAAUUUUGCUUUUAUGUAUGAAAAUGAAAAAAAAAUUAUAUUUAUUGUUACAUUUCUUGGCAUAUUCAAUGUUUGAGACCGUUUCUAGGGUGACAUAACAAGAAGAAAGUCUAAAUUCAAACAACCCCUUAAAACAAACAACUGAAACAAUCCCUUAAAAUGACUUCAUAGUUCUUAUGUUGGGAGGUGACAUACAUGACCUAAUGACCAGUGACAAUUUCAUGCAUCUCAUUUUAUGCCCAACAGUGAAAUUAAUGUGUUUCAAAAUGCUUGAAAAAGAGCUCAGUGUUCAGAUAUAGUCAGCAUAAAAAUUUCAGAACUUACUGCUUGUAUUCAAACAAAGCUUGUCCUUCUGUGAAAUGCAGCCACUAUUUUUAUCUGGUCUAUUAUUCCCAACAUUUUGUGUUUAUCGAGAUUUAUAAAAAUGUUAAUGUGUAAUUUAUCAAGUAUUUUAUUUGUUUCAUACAGAAUUAUCAUAAUCUUGAGCAAUUUCAUUUCAACAAGGUUCCACUGUAUAGUCAUUUACACUUAAGUUAAACUAUAGAUUAAAAAUUCUUAUUAUAGUCCAUCAGCAUUUAAGGCAGUGAGAAGCAAAGGAAUGUAAGUGGACAUUUUCUAGUUUUCAGUAAAACGCAUUUAAAGAUAAGGCCCUAGGUAGGCUUUCAUUGGAAUUUUUUUCUAAAUCUUGCUGUAUAGCAGCGCCUAAUAGGGCUACAAAGACAAUAUUUUGCCCCAGAAGAGAGAAGAAGUUCACCUACCAUUUGUACUGGUUAUCUCCUAAUUUUAAAUUUUGUUACUUACAUCCCUUAUCUUCUCACUUUCUCAUUUGUAAUUCUACUAAGUAUUUUUUUUUCUUCCAUAAUUUACGAUGAUGCUUAACACAUGGGGACUGUCCAAUGCUAUUGACAGAUUCUCUGCUUUCUAAAAAUGCUAUUAAAGUUUUGAAAUUUCCUAAUUUUCACAAAAGAAUCACACAUUAAAUACCUUAAAUUUGUCUCAAAUUGUUUGAUUAAAAUUAUUUAAGAUACUCUGUGUACGUACCAAAUCA